AUGUCUCCAAAAAGCAACGGACCACACCGGAUCCUCUCCCAGGGCCUAAUCCCAGCCCUGGAACAACUCGACCUCACCAUCGAAAUACACGAGAUCCCACUAGUCGACGACUUCGAAGGCGAGAUCGGCCGCAGCUUCGAAGUCAUGCGGCGCACGUCUCAGGCCGUUACUGAGAUUGUAGCCAGGGGGUCAUAUCCGUUGAUUCUGUCGGGGAAUUGCAUGGCCACGCCCGCUGUUGCUUGCGGAUUACAGAACCACAAUCAGAACGAGGAACUAGGAUUUAACACCAUUUCAAUGACCGAACUAUAUAUCCCAAAUAGCGAUGAACUUGAAUAUACCGUUCACCAAAUAACUCCCGGUGUACUACCCUCAACAUCUUCCCACUUUUUCCAGAUACGAGCGCCCUCUCCAAGCCUCAAAUUCUACCACUCUCUAAAUCCUCGCAGCUCAUAA